UGCGCAACCAUGAAGGAAUGCACAGUGUAUAUAUAACUGGACACGGUGUGAAUUAUAUUGGGAUUUAUCUGAUAUUAUCACACAAAUCAAUUGAAUUGGUCGAUGAUAAUGUUGCAUACACUGGUGGUCUAGCUCAAAGCGCGCGUCCGGGGAACAGAUUAUUUCAUGGAUUUGCGUGCAGCAGCGAGAGAGAAGACCGAGAGAGCUAGCGACGUGCUUGUAUUGUCACUGGAAGAAACAGCAGCAAAGAGCAGUGCAGAUCGACGAUUAUUCCAAUUGAAGGUCUUGCUUGACUUGUGCUACUGGGCCAUUGGACGUUCUUUGUGAAGAAACACUGAAUGCUUUCAAUAGGCAGUCUCUUCUUUCAUUGGAGAGAGAAGACCAUAGCUGUGCUGGGGGAAACGGUGGAAAAUCUAGGCUGAUGAUCACAGCCCUCCAGCAGGUACAGACCUAGACAGAGGAGGCUGACUGGGUGGAUCCCGUAGCCAGACAGGGUGCACUCCUCUGGGGGAUGGAAGCAGCAGGAUUCCCCUUGAGGUGGGACUGCACAUCACCUGCAAUAGCAGACUCGCACAGAGCGAGGGUCAUGCCUAGGUCACUCUUCCUCUUGCUUCUCUUCCUCUCAUCCCUCUGCUCCACCUGUCUGUCCAUCCAUGCGGAGACAGCAGAGAGCCACAGUACGUUUACAUGUGAGCCAGUAGGACUGCGGAUGUGCCAGGACCUGCCUUACAACGCCACCUUCAUGCCCAACCUCCUCAACCACUACGACCAGAAGACGGCCGCACUCGCCAUGGAGCCCUUCCACCCCAUGGUGAACCUGCAGUGUUCGGAGGACCUGAGGAUGUUUCUGUGUGCCCUCUACGCUCCAGUCUGUAUGGAGUAUGGCCGCGUGUCCAUGCCCUGCCGAGCCCUGUGCCACCGCGCCAAGAGAGACUGUCACAAAAUCAUGGAGAUGUUUGGGGUGGCCUGGCCAGACGAGACAGAGUGUAGCAGGUUCCCAGACUGUGACGAGCCCUACCCCCGUGCGGUGGACCUCCAGACCAGUGCAAAUCCCACCGAUAUCUCUCCCAUGUCUGUCCAGAGGGAUUUCGGCUUCUGGUGCCCCCGCAAGCUCAAAAUGGAACCCGACCUGGGCUACUCAUUCCUGGGCGUGAGGGAGUGCUCGCCCCCCUGCCCCAACAUGUACUUCCAGCGCCCGGAACUCACCUUUGCCCGCUACUUCAUCGGCGUGGUUUCCAUCGUCUGUCUCUCGGCAACACUCUUCAGCUUCCUCACCUUCCUCAUCGACGUCACGAGGUUCCGCUACCCGGAGCGGCCAAUCAUCUUCUAUGCCGCUUGCUACAUGAUGGUGUCACUUGUGUUCUUCCUGGGCUUCCUAUUGGAGGACAGGGUGGCUUGCAACGCGGCGAGCCCCACCCAGUACCGGGCGGCCACCAUCACACAGGGCUCCCACAACAAGGCGUGCACGCUGCUGUUCAUGGUGCUCUACUUCUUCACAAUGGCGGGAAGCGUGUGGUGGGUCAUCCUCACCAUUACCUGGUUCCUGGCGGCCGUGCCCAAGUGGGGCAGCGAGGCCAUCGAGAAGAAGGCCCUUCUCUUUCACACCUGUGCCUGGGGCCUGCCCGGCUGCCUCACCGUGGCCCUGCUGGCCCUCAACAAGAUCGAGGGCGAUGGCGUGAGUGGCGUGUGCUUCGUGGGCCUCUACGACAUCACGGCGCUGCGCUGGUUCCUGCUGGCGCCGCUCUGCCUCAACGUGGCGGUGGGUGUGGCUCUGCUUCUGACGGGGAUCGUGGCGCUUAACCGUGUGCGUAUGGAGAUCCCUCUGGAGAAGGAGAACCAGGACAAGCUGGUGAAGUUUAUGAUCCGUAUCGGGGUGUUCUCUGUGCUUUACCUGGUGCCCCUGCUUACGGUCAUCUCCUGCUACCUGUAUGAACACAGCUACAGGUCUGUCUGGGAGACCACCUGGUUCCAGGAGCGCUGCAGAGACUACCACAUACCCUGUCCCUUCCAGGUUGAGCAGACCAGUCGUCCAGACCUGGCCCUGUUCCUCAUUAAGUACCUGAUGAUGCUGGUGGUGGGGAUUCCCUCAGUUUUCUGGGUGGGCAGCAAGAAGACCUGCUUCAAAUGGGCCAGCUUCCUACACAGACGCAGAAACAAAGAUAGUGGGGUGAAUGAGAGCAGACAGGUGCUCCAGGAGCCAGACUUUUCCCAGUCUCUACUGAGGGACCCCCACACCCCCAUCAUCAGGAAAUCACGGGGAACCUCCACCCAGGGCACCUCCACCCAUGCCUCCUCCACUCACCUGGCCAUCCUGGACGAGCCUGACGACCCUAGACACGCCCCUGAUGACCGCAGACCAAUCCACUCACUGGGCCACACCUCCUCCACCCGCAGCAAGGCUGGCAGCGUGCACAGCAAGACCAGUUACCAUGGCAGUCUACAUCGCUCCCGAGAUGGACGCUACACCCCCUGUAGUUACCGAGGCGGCGAGGAGCGCACUCUACCCCCCCACGGCAGCACGCCCCGCCACGACCACCUGCUGUCCACUCACAGCAGCCUCCACGGUCUGGAUGCCCAAUCACAGCACAGCAGCCAGUGUGAUCUCUCCGUGGCCACACCCACCCUUAUCACCCACGGGACGAGCUUCAGCCGCGUCACUAAUAAUGGUGACAAUGGAGCCAGCGCCUGACCGGAAACAGGAAAUUAUGUCAUCACUGCUGAACUGUCAGUUGUCCCGCUCCCCACCUGCAACAUACACACAGGUCCAUCCCAUUCAGGAGGAAUGUGUGAGAGAGGAAGUGGGGCCUUCAGUUUGACUGACAGAUGGAUCACUCCUGGACAGCUUUUCACAGAGGUUGCUAAGUAGCGAGAUGCUAACCCUCAAUCAGUCAGUUGGACUUGGAUUGGACUCUCUAUAGAGGGAAUGGCUUCAUGGCCAGAAAGCCAGCCCACUAUGAAUGAGGGGGAUUGUGUGUGUACUCUGAUACACACCAAGAGACCCAGAGAUGAGCUGAUAAGGUCUACUCUGUGUGUGUGUUACAGUGCUCUUUUGCUGUGGUUGUGAAACAAGACUAUUAUAUUUUUUUAUACUGUGAAGAUUGGCUGUGAGUACUGCUGAAAAUAUGAGCGUGAGUGUACUUGUAGUGCAGUACUAUACUCCCACCUGGUGGAGAGAAACUAUAGAAGCUAGGAGAGAUCAAUGCCUAGGGCCGAUUGCUUCAGAAGUGCGUAGGGAAUAGUUGCUAGGGAUCGAUUUGGGAUUCAGAAAGUUAGGGAAAAAUAGGGAAGGACAGAUGGAGGUUGGAGUAGUGCUUAUUUUGCUGCCGCUUCAGAGCUAAGCAGAGAGGAAUGUGGAGGACUUUUUAAAGGGGUUGGGGGGGGUGUAUCCGAAGUCUUUGCUAUUGACAAGCGCUGUGUGAAACAACAGAGGAUCUGUACCCCUAACACUGGAAGAAAGGACUACUGGAAGAAUACACUGGGGAGGAGGAGGAAUACACUGGGGAGGAGGAGGAAUACACUGGGGA